AUGAGGUUUUUCAUUACUGGCUUAAUCCAAUUGAUCUUCUUUGUGUUGACGAAUGCUGAAGAGCAAGUCGUUGAGGACGACUUUCCAGAGCCUCUGACCGGAGCAAAUUUCGACCAGGUGGUUUCGAAAGGUGUCCAUUUCGUCGAGUUUUUCUCUCCACAUUGCCAUCAUUGCAAGGCUUUGGCACCAAUUUGGCACGAAUUCUACCAAACUUUCCACAAGGAGGCCGAGUCCUACGAUGUUUAUAUCCACCAGGUGGACUGUGUUGCCAGUGGUGAUCUCUGCGACCGCGAAAAUAUCUUUAUGUAUCCAUCGUUGAGAUUGUAUGGACCGAACGACAAAGGCACGUCUGGCAAGGUUUUGGCAUCGUUUGGAAGAGGCUACGAGAAAACAGUUGAAGGACUUACGGCAUUUGUGCGCGAACAAGCUAUAGACUCCAAAGAUGAAUUGCUACAGUCAAACAAAGAAGUCACCGAUCUGAUGAAAUCGGUCAACAUCGACGCGAUCUCAUCCCAGGAGAUGAUUGAUGUGAUUGCAGGAAACUACAACAAGCCUUACCUGAUUUCUUUUUGGCCGUCCACGGACGAAGAAUUAAAUGUUAACACGUUUUCGGGAGACGUGAAAGAAAAUAAGCUUUUUGGCAAGUGUCCGAGAUGCAUGGAGUUCCGCAACCUGUGGAGCAUGGUUGGGCGGCGACUAUCGGGUCUUAUUCAGACGGGCGACUUGUCUGUCGGUUACUUAAAUUGUCAGUCCAACCAAGGGCUUUGUCGGUCUUUGGGAAUGGAGGAUUUACUGACCGAUGAUUAUAGCACCUACGAUCCAAAGAUCUUUAUGUUUCUGCCAAGUGACAAAGGAGGAAAUAAAAUCCGGUACAAGGCAUCUGUGCUUAAUGCAAAGCAGGUUCUUGGUUGGACGAAAAGAUUGAUCGAAGUGAGCAAAUUUGAGGAUAUUACGCGAGAGGAUUUGGAUAAGAAAAUGAAAGUCGCAAACAAACCGUACAGAAGAGAGGAUUUUGCCGAGGUGCACGUGGAUCCGGUGAUCAGCUUUGUCUAUCUUUAUCCAAAUGAGUCGUAUGUCGAGGAAGACUUCUGGCUUCUGAACCAUCUUGUGCAACCGAUUAUGGAUCUUCCUAGCAAUGUGCGCCUAUACAAGAGUUCCGAUAUGAAGUUUAUGGAUUUGCUUGAAAGCCAGGAGAACACUCUUCUGGAAUACGUGAAUAAAGAGAUUCCUGAUGAGACACAGCAACUACAAUUUAACGAUGAGAUGUUCACGGCAAGAACCUUGACCACAUACCCUACGCUUUUGUGUUUCAAAGACGGCUCUUUCGUGUCGCACAUUCUCAAAAGUUUUGGUCCAGAUGAUAUCAGAAACUUCAAGGCUGUUUCAGAGUUCAUCAAGGUCAACUCUGAGCCUUUUAUCACACAGUUGACCGACUCGAACCGCAAUCAGAUCUUCCCAAAAACAAUCGACCCUGCCAUUAUGGCUAAGAACGAAAAAGUUGUUCUCAUGGUGACCGACUCCAACGACCAUGGAAAACUCUUUAGACAAGGAUACGCUCUGUCUCAGAUUGGCCAUCGUUUCUGGUAUAUGAAGAUGGCCGAGCAGUUCAAGAAACUCACGCAGUUGAGAGGUGCAAAAUACGCAAAAGUGGAUAAGAUGAAAGCCAAAGGUAAGGACAACGUUGACAUCAUCAGGGCCUUGAAAGAGGAGGUUCCACCGGUGUUCCAGAUCCAGGACAAUGCGGUCCAUCUUGUCUAUGUUGAGAAGAAGACAUUGGCAUCAAUUGCGAACCGUUUUGGCUGGACCUAUCUUCAUGCUCGUGACUACAAUGCCGGAGACGUGAUUAUUGUGUCAAGAUUCACAAAUAACUACUGGACCACCUCGCUGAAGGGCAAGAAACUGACGUGCGACACGAUUCCAGACGUGGUGGACGUUCUUUACGCGUCAAGUUUUAAGAAACUGUCCGGAAGGGGCCUGCGUUCUGUGUUCUCGUUUGCUACCGUUUGCAGCUCAUUGACCAUAUUUGUGGUGUUCUGUCUGGUUGUGCUUUCAUUGGGCAAGCUGCGACUUCGCAUGCGACUCGGAUUCUCUUCCAACAAGUAUAGAGCGCUGAGUCCAUUCUUCUCCGACCCGGAGGCCAACGGUGGUUCUGGAUCUGGAUUAGGAAAAGUAGAUUAA